AUGCUGCCGUUUGACAAGCUCAUGACGGAGAAGACGGACGGUCUGAAGUGUACAGUCGAGAGCAUUGGCGUGUUUGCCAAGGAAGUGUUGGUCAAGAUUAAGAGUGUGGCACUGGUCUGGCCUAGAGUAGCGCCUUAUCAAGAGACGCCACGGCACUCGACAUCUUCUGCGGCUGUCGAAGAGGUGCCUAAAAAAUUGGUGGUGGCUUCAAGCAAUUGCGAGUGGUCCUAG